AUGUUUUUAUUUCCAUUCUCAUCAGUUCCAUCACCUUUAACAUUUUUCUUCUUUUUUACUUCUUCUUCUUCUUCUUCUUCUUCUUCUUCUUCUUCUUCUUCUAAUUAUUAUUAUUAUUAUUAUUAUUAUUAUUGGGAAGCGGCGCUAUUUGUUUGUUCUUUAAAGUUUCCUCUUUUCCUUUUUUUAUUUCUUUAUCAUAUUUUGAAUUUCGUUUUUAAAAUUUCUACCAUGGCUUUUCCAUCCAUUUCUUUCUUUUUCUCUUCUUUCUUUGUCUUUUUCACUUCUUCACUAAUUCUUUUUCUCAGUUCUUCUCUCCUGACUUUUAUUUUGUGCGUGUCUUCAUCCUUUAUCAUCCUUCUUCUUCUUCUUCUUCUUCUUCUUCUUCUUCUUCUUCUUCUUCUUUUUCCCUCUUUUUCUUUAUUGUUUUCUUCUUCUUCUUCUUCUUCUUUGUUUCCUUCUUUUUCUUUAUUGAUUUCUUCUUUUUCUUCUUUUUCUUCUUCUUUUUUGUUUCCUUCUUUUUCUUUAUUGUUUUCUUCUUCUUCUUCUUCUUCUUCUUCUUCUUCUUCUUCUCGCCGAAAUUAUUAUUUUAACAUCAUCAUCAUCAUCGUCAUCAUCAUCAUUUUUUCCCUUGUCUUUUUUUCUUUUUUAAUUUUCUUCUUGCCUGCUUCCAUUUUUUUUCUUUCGUCACUUCAUACGACUUAUGCUGCAGCAGAUAUCACUUUCUCUUUCUGCUUCUUUUUCUUCUUUGUUUCUUCUUAUUAUUCUUAUUCUUCUUCUUCUUUCUUUCUUUCUUCUUUCUUUCUUUCUUCUUUCUCUCUUUUAUUCUUUUCUUUUCAUUUCUUUUUUUUCUUUUUAUUACAACUCCUUUUCUUCUUCUACUCCUUUAUUUUACUUCAUUAUUUUUCUUCUUUUCUUCUUCUUCGUCUUUGUUUUUCUUUAUCUUCUUCUCCUUCUUCUUUCUUUCUUUCUUUUUUCUUCUUCGCUUUCUUAUUCUUCUUUGUUUUUUCUUCUUCUUUACUUCUUUCUUUUACUUUCUCUCUUUUUUUCUUUUUUUCUUUCUUUUCUUUUUUCUUUUUAUUACGACUUUUUCUUUUCUCUUCUCCUUUCUUUUACUUCUUUGGUUUUCUUCUUCUUUUCUUCUUCUUCGUCUUUGUUUUUCUUCAUCUUCUUUUUUCUUCUUCUCCUUCUUCUUUCUUUUCUUUUUUCUUUUUAUUACGACUUUUUCUUUUCUCUUCUCCUUUCUUUUACUUCUUUGGUUUUCUUCUUCUUUUCUUCUUCUUCAUCUUUGUUUUUCUUCAUCUUCUUUUUUCUUCUUCUCUUUCUUCUUUCUUUUCUUUUUUUCUUUUUAUUACGACUUUUUCUUUUCUCUUCUUUUACUUCUUUGGUUUCUUUUCUUUUUUCUACUUCUUUGUUUUUCUUCAUCUUCUUUUUUCUUCUUCUCCUCCUUCUUUCUUUCUUUCUUUUCUUCUUCUUUGCUUUCUUCUUCUUCUUUGUUUUCUUCUUCUUCUUUUUCUCCUGCUUUUCCUUUGUUUUCUUCAAUGUUCUUUUUUCUUCUUUUUCUUCUUCAUUUUUCUUCUUCUUUGCUUUUAUCUACAUCUUUACUCGCAACAUUUGACACCUGAUUUUUUUUUCAUUCAAAUGAUUCUUUUUCCUUCACUGAUUAUUAUUAGUAUAAUUUUUUUUUUUUUCAUUCUUUAUCUGCGAAGAUUCUUUUUUCUUUUUAUUACUAGUCUUUCUUUUUUUCUUCUUCUUUGUUUUUUUUCUUUGUUUCUCUUCUUUUCUUCUUCGUCUUUGUUUUUCUUUGUCUUCUUCUCCUUCUUUCUUUCUUUCUUUCUUUCUUUUCUUCUUCUUUACUUUCUUAUUCUUUGUUUUCCUUCUUCUUUCCUUCCUUCUUUUUUUCUUUCUCUCUUUCUUUCUUUUCUUUUUUCUUUUUAUUACUACUCUUUUUUCUCCUUCUUCUUCUCCUUUCUUUUACUUCUUUGUUUUUUCUCCUUCGUAUUUCUUUCUUUCUUUCUUUCUUUCUUUUCUUCUUCUUUGCUUUCUUAUUCUUCUUUGUUUCCUUCUUCUUCUUUUACUCCUGCUUUUCCUUUUCUUUCAUUAUCUAUCUAUCUAUCUAUCUAUCUAUCUAUCUAUCUAUCUGUCUGUCUGUCUCAGUCCGUUCAUUAUUUAUCAUUUAUCUGUUUCCGUCUGUUCAUUAUCUAUCUAUCUAUCUAUCUAUCUCAGCCUGUUCAUUAUCUAAUAAUCUAUCUAUAUAUCUAUAUGUCUAUCCAUCUGUUUUAUGUAUCAAUCUAUCUCAGUCUGUUCCUAUCCAUCUAUCUUUAA